CGCCGGAACACACGUUGGGCCGGUCCUGGUUGGAAAACAAGCACGCGGCAAAUACCAGGCCAUGGAAGAUUCCCAAAAUGAAACUUUUGGGGUUUUUUACAUUUGCGGCCUUCCUUCUUUCCCGGCAACGAGACUACCGGGUUGAACUCUUUGACGGAUCCCGAUGCCGAUCCUGUUCCUGUAGAGUCCGUCACGGAUACCUGCCAACCCUCCCCUUUUUCCUGGGAAACUCCCCCGUUUCUUUCCAUUGCCCUCCUGUCAUUUCCCAUAAGUUUCCUGUCUUUCAACUCUUUAAAAAAAAAAAAGGAAUCUGCGAGCACAACGGGUCAACAGGCCAAAGCCCGACUAGGAACAUUUUUCUUGCGUCAGGGCGCCACUGCUCCGCAUUGAGGGUCCACAUGAGGUGGCUUGGGCAUCUGGUCAGGAUGCAUCCUGUACGCCUCCCUGGGGAGGUGCUCAGGACACGUCCGACCGGUGGGAGGCCUGAGGGAAGACCCACGACACGUUGGGGAGACUAUGUCUCUCAGCUGGCCUGGGAACACCUCAGGAUCCGCCGGGAGGAGCCAGAUGAGGCGGUUUGGACAUCUGGUUAGGGUGCCUCACAGACAGGGCACAUCUGACCGGUAGGAGGCCUUGGGAAAGACACAGGACACGUUGGAGAGACUACCGUAUGUCUCUAAACCUGCCUGGGAACGCCUCAGAUGUGUCAGGUGGAGCCAGAUGAGAUGACUCAGGCAUCUGCUUAGCUGGGGCGGUGUUCAGGGCAUUGGCGAGACUGUGUCUCUCCCAGGCCUGGGAACGCCUCAGGAUCUGUUGGGAGGAGCUGGACGAUGCAGCCGGCGAGAGGGAAGCCGACGCUCGCCUUUGAAACCCAACCUCAGAUAUCCAAAGGCGACAGAUUCCAAGGCAAAGACGUUUUUUGCGGAAACGACCAGGGGGUACCUGCCCUGAUGGCCUGCUCGCUGUCUCUGCCCGAGGCGGACCUCACCUGCACCAUCUGCUUGCAGAUUUACAAGUACCCGGUGGUCCUGAAGUGCAGCCACAGCUUCUGCAGCCUGUGCCUCAAGCAGCACUGGGCCCACCAGAGGCCGCCCAGGUCGUGCCCUCUGUGCCGGAGCCUGUCGGUGGACGAGCCGGUGCCCUCUCUGACCAUCAGGAACCUGUGCGAGUUCCUCGUCCAGGACGACGACGACGACGAGCUGUUCUGCGGGCAGAAGGACAUGUGUGCUCUUCACAGGGAGGGGCUCAAGCUCUUCUGCCUCGUCGACCAGGAGCCCAUUUGCGUGGUUUGCAGCAAGUCCAAAAGACACAAACGGCACGACUGCUGCCUUAUCAACGAAGCCAUUGAUGAUGUCAAGGCCAAGCUAAAGUCACAACUUUGCUCCCUGCUGAAGACGAGGGACGUUUUGGACAAAACCAAGAAAAGCUUGGAGGACGCCAAGGUUCACAUUCAGGUGGCGACAUCUUUGCCGUCAUCAAAGCCCAAAUGUCUUCACUCCCCCCACCCCCACCCUGAGGUUCUUCUGCCCUUCCAGGUGGAGGCCCAGCAUGUGCAGAAGUGCUCCGGCGAGGAGUUCGCCCGCCUGCACAGGUUCCUGCAGGCCGAGGAGGACGCCCGCAUGGUGAUGCUUCAGGAGGAGGUGGAGGAGAAGGGUCGAGCCAUGAGGCAAAAGAUCGGCAAGGCCAACGCCAGCCUGCAGUCUGUGUGCGCGUCCAUACGAGCUCUGGAGGACAGGCUGGCUAUGACGGGCAUCUCUGUCUUGCGGGAGCGCAAGGACUCUGCGGCAUCAACAGCCAGGGAUGCGAGCCCCGUGGACAUGUUGCCGAUGGCGGGGAGGCUCAUCGACGAGGCCAAAUAUUUGGGCUCGCUGAGCUUCCACGUGUGGGAGAAGAUGCGACACAUCAUCAAAUGGUGAAAACGAUGUCGCAGCAGCCACGCCCCCCCUUAACCAGACGAACCAGACUCUUGUUGGAAGACCCUGCAGAAGACUUGCAUGCUCCUGGUUGAGCGUCCCUUCUUCUACGCACACGGAGAGGCCGCACCCACGCUGGCCAUGCAGACUUCUUAUGCUCCUUCCAACUUCUUACGCCACAUUUCUCAUCUCAUCAUUGCCAAAUUACAUGAUUGUUAAUAUUAUUAGGAGUAUGAACAGAUGCUUGAGGUUGAUUAAAACUCAUUUCAAGUUGUAUCAGCGUGAAAAUGCCACUUGAUGCCCUUCUUCACUUUAUCAACAUUUACAAAUCCAACACGACAAUGAUGACUAUAAUAACACAUUUUAGUAAAUAACCUCUUCUAAGGAGUACGUUUUAUUUUAUA